GAGGGCAUUGAACGCGCCAGUGUUCAUUUGGAAAGUUAGCUUGGCAGCUAGAGACUAAAAUCAUCAACUCCGCGUGAUUGUCGUCACCGUGACUGGAUAAACAACGUUAUAUCAUUCAAAGAUGUCUACGAAUACUUAACGAGACGCGUGGGUUCACGCACUCGAUAUUUUAACUCGCGUGUAAUCCAAGAAUGGCUCGUGUGUGUGGUUAGCUUUUCGCUUGCUUCGGAUUUGCAUGUUCGAGUGAAGCGACAUCAUCACGACAAAAUGUGGGACAGUUCAAACCUAAGUCUUUCCGCACAUGAACAGAAAGAGCUCGCCAAAAGAAUCACUUCAUUUUUAUCACAGUAUACAUACUUGUCCGAGUCAUAUAUCAUUGAGUUCUUCACUGAAGAUUUGUGGCACAAAUUGCCUGUCAGCUGGCAGUCUGUUCUGCAGCAUUUGUCCUAUUAUCAAAUAGCAGAGUUGCUGCUAGAUGCGGGACAUGGACACAGGAGGUAUUCGAGCGUGUGGCCUCUGUCCCUCUUUGCUUUCCGGGCCACUGCUCACUCCCUUGCCUUUCCCAGAAGUUUCAGGCGGUCACAAACCCGCCCGGACGCUCAGGCCAAACCCGAAGAGUUUCAGGAGAACCAGAAUCAGAGUUCGUUGCUGGCACACGCCUUCCGCAAGCACGUCAAGCCCAAGAAGCAACACGAGAUCCGCAAGCUGGGCACGUUGGUUAAGAAACUUUGUGAACAGACUGAGUGCAACCGAGUCGUGGAUGUUGGUUCUGGACAGGGUCACCUGACUCGGUUUCUGUCGUUCGGGCUUGGCUUGUCAGUGACGGCCAUCGAGGCCGACCCUGCCCUUGUUGCCAUGGCAACUAAGUUUGAUGGACAGCUGCUGUGUGCCUUGGACAAAGAGCGGCGGAAAAAAAAGAAGUUUGCCACUGAGCCGUCAUCAUCACAGGCGUGUCCUCGCCACGUGGCAGGUUGGGUGGACCCAAAGGCAUCCUGGGAGGUCUUCAUGCAGCAGCUGGGCAUAGACCCCGCUGAUGCCGAAGAUUCCUUUGCUCCUUGUAAAAAGAGACUCUGGUCCCCUGAGCACACUGCAGAUGCAGCAGUCCUCGAGGGAGACGUCCAGCGAGACAUGGUCCUCACUAGUCUGCAUGCGUGUGGGGACCUCAGCCCCACUCUCCUCCGCCAUUUCGUCAAAUGUCCUCACAUACGCGCCAUCACGUCUGUGUCGUGCUGCUACAUGAAGCUCACCACCAAAGAACAACCCGCCCCUCCAGGCGUGCUCAGACCCCCCAAUACGUCAAAGUUAGACCCCGAACCCCGUGUCCGGGAUUUCGGGUACCCGAUGAGCAUGCACGUGCGAGGGCUGCCGGGACACCAGCUGUCCUACAAGGCGCGGGAGGGGGCCUGUCACGCCAUGGAGGACUACGUGGUGAGGCUGCGCGAGGAAAGCGCGCUGCUGAGGACGCAUUGCUACCGCGCCGCACUGGAGGUCGUCAUCACGAACAGCAGGCCCGAUCUGCGCAGGGCAGGAAUACAGACGCUGAAGAAAGCCCACUUGUUGACCUUCAAUGAGUAUGCCCACUUAGGUCUGGCCCGGGUGGGCCUGCCCCCUUCCCUGCUUUUGGACAAGGGACGCUUGGACGCAAUGCUAGCACAGCAGGGCCGGGUGGUGGUUUUCUUCAGCCUGGCGCUGUUGCUGGCUCCCGUGGUGGAGACGCUGGUGCUGUUGGACCGCAUCAUCUACCUGCAGGAGAACGGAUUGCACAGUCAGUUGGUUCCUCUUUUCGACCCAAAUUUUUCUCCGAGGAAUUUUGUGCUGGUGGCUCAGAAGACUCCAGAAUAAAAGUCUUCAAAAGGACUGUACGGGAUGAGGACUUCGAGCUAAUAGCCUCACUUUUUGGAGGUUUUUAAACAACAUAAUACUGUGGGGUGUGGACUUUUUUUUUUUUUUUUUAAUCUUGCAAUGGA